CAGGCUCCGCCCCGCCCUGCCCGGGCCCGUGGGACCGGCGGCGGGGCCAUGUCGUGCCCGCCUCAGCGAGGGUCGGAGAGCGUGGGAGGCGGCGGGGCUGCCAGAGAGCGAGAUGUCAGCGGUGCAGUCACACCAGGAGCAGCUGUCCCAGUCGGAUCCGUCUCCAUCCCCAAACUCAUGUAGUUCCUUUGAGCUCAUCGACAUGGAUGCUGCCGGCGGUUUGUACGAACCGGUUUCUCCACAUUGGUUCUACUGUAAGACCGUGGAUUCUAAGGAGACAUGGAUUCCCUUUAACUCUGAGGAUUCACAGCAGCUGGAGGAGGCGUAUGGCUCCGGAAAGGACUGUAAUGGGAGAGUGGUCCCCACGGACGGGGGCAGAUACGAUGUUCAUCUGGGGGAGAGGAUGCGGUAUGCCGUUUACUGGGAUGAGCGGGCGUCGGAAGUGAGGCGGUGUACCUGGUUCUACAAGGGAGACAAAGAUAACAAAUACGUUCCCUACUCAGAGAGCUUCAGCCAAGUUUUAGAGGAAACUUACAUGCUUGCUGUAACUCUAGAUGAAUGGAAAAAGAAACUGGAGUCUCCCAACAGAGAAAUUAUUAUAUUACACAAUCCAAAGCUCAUGGUACAUUACCAGCCAGUUGCAGGGUCAGAUGAAUGGGGGUCGACACCCACUGAGCAGGGGCGACCGAGAACAGUGAAAAGAGGGGUUGAGAACAUCUCUGUUGACAUUCAUUGUGGGGAACCUUUACAAAUAGAUCACUUGGUUUUUGUUGUCCAUGGAAUUGGACCAGCUUGUGAUCUCCGUUUUCGAAGCAUUGUACAGUGUGUUAAUGAUUUUCGAAGUGUUUCCUUGAAUUUGCUACAGACACAUUUUAAGAAAGCUCAAGAAAAUCAGCAGAUUGGAAGAGUAGAAUUUCUUCCAGUCAACUGGCACAGUCCUUUGCAUUCUACUGGUGUGGAUGUAGAUCUGCAGCGAAUAACCCUGCCCAGCAUUAACCGCCUCAGGCACUUUACCAAUGACACAAUUCUGGAUGUCUUCUUCUACAAUAGCCCCACCUACUGUCAGACUAUCGUGGACACGGUUGCCUCUGAAAUGAACCGAAUAUACACACUUUUUCUGCAGAGGAACCCUGAUUUCAAAGGGGGUGUAUCCAUUGCUGGUCAUAGUUUAGGUUCGCUUAUAUUGUUUGAUAUCCUAACAAAUCAGAAAGAUUCUUUGGGGGAUAUUGACAGUGAAAAGGAUUCACUAAAUACUGCUAUGGAUCAAGGAGAUGCACCAACUCUGGAGGAAGAUUUGAAGAAACUUCACCUUUCUGAAUUCAUUAAUAUCUUUGAGAAGGAGAAAGUAGAUAAGGAAGCUCUGGCUUUAUGUACAGAGAGAGAUCUUCAGGAAAUGGGAAUUCCUUUAGGACCAAGAAAGAAGAUUCUAAACUAUUUCAGGACCAGGAGGGAUUCUGUGGGUGCUAGUGGGUCAGCUGCACAGUCGGCCUCAGGGGUGCGCACCCCCAAAGAGUCUGACGUCCACAGUAGUGCUGAUGAUUCUAGAAGUCGUGAAUAUCUAGAUGUUGGCAUUGGGCAGGUGUCAGUAAAAUACCCCCGACUCAUCUAUAAGCCAGAAAUAUUCUUUGCCUUUGGAUCUCCCAUUGGAAUGUUUCUUACCGUCAGAGGACUAAAAAGAAUUGAUCCCAACUACAAAUUCCCAACUUGCAAAGGUUUCUUCAAUAUUUAUCACCCUUUUGAUCCUGUGGCCUAUAGGAUUGAACCAAUGGUGGUCCCUGGAGUGGAAUUUGAGCCGAUGCUGAUCCCACAUCAUAAAGGCAGGAAACGGAUGCACUUAGAACUGAGGGAAGGCCUGACCAGGAUGAGUAUGGACCUCAAGAACAAUUUGCUGGGUUCCCUGCGGAUGGCCUGGAAGUCUUUCACCAGAGCUCCGUACCCUGCCCUCCAGGCCUCAGAAAGUACAGAAGACACUGAAGCAGCAGAACCUGAAUCCAGUGCAGAGAAGCCUUGUGGUGUGGACGCGGAAGAGACCGCCGUGGCCGUGAAAGAGGAAGUACCGCCCAUCAACGUGGGGAUGCUGAAUGGGGGCCAGCGCAUUGACUACGUGCUGCAGGAGAAGCCCAUUGAAAGCUUUAAUGAGUAUUUGUUUGCUUUACAAAGUCAUCUGUGCUACUGGGAGUCUGAAGAUACAGUAUUGCUGGUCCUCAAGGAGAUCUACCAAACCCAGGGGGUCUUCCUUGAUCAGCCCCUACAGUGACAGUGACCCACGGUGACCACGUAGGACGGACAUGGGGGACCCUUCCCCAGGAACCCCGCCCGUGCCUGGCCUCAGUUUUCCUCUUCUCAGCUGCAUCGUCUCCCGCCUGUCGCCCGCCACUUGCUCACAGUGAGGUCUUUGGAAGAUACUGUCCUCUUCCGGACGUGAGUGGAAAAGCGAAGGGAGACUGUCCCUCUCCCCGCUUCCUGGGAACUCUGGCCAUUCUUGCUUCAUGGCUCAUUCUCCGGCGAUGGGGCAUCGGUGCCACACUUCGCUGCUUAGUGCUGGAGGUGGUGUGAAGUCUGUUUGGAGUUUGAUUUGUUUUGGGUUGGGUAGAAAUGAUUCCUAGGGAGUUACGUUUAGAAAACGUAGUUUUGAAGCAGGUUCUUGAGCUUUUUAGGGCACGCUGAUCUCUCGGCGCUUUCUAAGUGGAUGUGGCGAAGGCGGACAGAUUCUGAGCCGGCGCUGCCGUCCGCGUGUGCCGUGUGAAGACCAGAGUGUAGCUUUCAGACAGCAUUGUUUCCUCUCCUACAGACCAACAGAGUUACUGUGAGGGAUCACUGAUGUCAGCCCUUGUUUCUACAACUGUGUGAGCCGCUUAAGUCCGCAGUGGGCAGGUUAGUGCACUGACGUGCGUCUCUACAAGAGUUUACAUACCUACAUCUGUCCCUUUUACCAUAUUCCAAGUUAGGAGACUCUAGAUGAAGCUGAAUUAGUUAUUUGGUAAUAGCUUUUAUUAUGUUGAGGAUGAAGUUGUAAAAGCUGACCAACUUGAAAUUACAAACUAAGCGGCUUGAAAAGACUGUAAACAAAAUCUUCUAGUGGUGCCCUUGUGGUGAAACAAUUUAAAUCAUAGCCACCUGCACUGUGUGAAGGCGGUGUUGUGUCCUUUCGGAAUGUCUGUCGAUGUCACUGUCCUCUUAGGUACCCACAUCCUGAAUAUUUUAAAGGCUCUUGGAACAGGGCAUUGUUGGUUGAGCAGGAAGGUUUGGAUAGGGAGAAGUGGUUAACUUACUUGGGAAGAAAACCCAUGCCUGUAGGGCCAAAGGAAUAGUGUCGGCCGGGUCUGGAGCGGGCAGACAGAGGCUUGCCCUGGGGAGCGCGGUGCAGGUGGGCUGCGCUUUCUUUGCUGAGGUCCCUGCUCACCACUUUGCUGCAGGCAUGUGCCGUUCUCGGGACAGUCUCCCUGGCAGACUCGCACAGGCCCCAUUGAACCGGCAUGGGCGGGCCAUCCAGAUGUGUUGUUUUGUGAAUGUGUCAUGAUUUCCAAAGCGCUGUCGUUUCAUAUUCACUGAAGCCAGCCCUUAAAUAGCAGUGGGCUCUGUCCCUUUCUGGAGAGAGAGGAGGGCCAAUUCCCGUCACCUUGGAGACCACAGAGGUAAGCGUACGGUACAGGAGACGGGGCCUUCCCUGUCAUCUGCUUAGACUGAUGCUGAGGAAGCGCGCCACUGGACACGUGGGAUCCUGAAGUCACUGGGAAUGAAGUGGCAUCCUCUGUAUACGAAAGGGGAAGAUUUUGUUCUGAGCUGCUCUCUUCAGAUUUGCUGACUUCACAUAAGCAGAACAGGUACUGUUUAGGAGUAAACCAAAGGACAAGCAACAGUGGGUCCCUGUAACCAAAGACAGCAUGACCUGGAUAGCGGGCACUGAAUGUCUCUCCUGUGGGGAGGGACCUUGCAUCUGGUAAGAUCACGGCUGGAUUUAACUCCACAUGGCAGUCAGCUUGCCCGAUCCUUGAUUUAGGCAGAUAUUUGCACUGCUUCAUCUGUAUCAUGUGCAAUCUCUUGACCAAUCCUGUACAACCCUAGUACAACAGCGUUUUCUAUGUAUUCCCAGUUGCAGAAUUACUAUGGCUUAGUUCAACAAAACAGAUUGUUUGCAUGAAAAAAUUAAUAGCACUGAUGAGCUUUCUAAUAUUUUGCACUUUUGAAAUGUUUGUUUUUUACAUAAUUAUAUUUAAAACUUUAGUAAAUACUAAAAUAAAAUCAUAUUGACCAGUU